UAUCACUGAUCAGUGAUCAGUGUUUGGAUUGUAUUAAUCGCGGACUUAGCGGUUACGGUACUGGUAUUUGGUAUGCAAAUAAUUAGACCGUUAUCUUAAUAAUUAUUGAGAAAAUUACUAAGAAAUCAUAAACUUAGCGUGAUUAAAAUGGAAAGUGAAGACUUGCACGAUGCUGAUGUUCUUAUCAGACCAGCCAGAAAGAACGAUAUGUCGGCUGUCGCUAGCCUAAUACAGGAACUGGCAGAUUUCCAAAAUAUGCCAGAUGGUCCGAAAAUGAAUGCUACAGAUUUACAACGAGAUGGGUUUGACACAACACCACCAGCAUUUCUGCUUCUUGUAGCACAGAAGAAGACUAAUAAUGCAAUUGUUGGCUAUGCUCUGUACUUUGCAACAUAUUCCACUUGGGAGGGCCGUGCAAUGAUGUUGGAAGACUUGUAUGUGAAACCUGCGCUGAGGAAGCAAGGUAUAGGGAGAAGGCUUUUUAAUGCAGUAGCCAAGGAAGCAGCUCUGGCCAGAUGUUCACGAUUAGACUUUCAUGUAUUAGAAUGGAAUGAAGCAAGAUCAUUUUAUGAGUCCAUUGGAGCUGUGAAUCUGACCAAAACUGAACAGUGGUGCUUGUAUCGUCUGACUGGAGAUGCUUUCCAAAAAGCAGCUAGCUAAUAAACAG